UCCGUAAAAAAACAAAACAAAACCGAAAGCGAAAGUUGAAAAUACAGACUAACUGUGGGCAUAUCGUAAUGGGAUCUUUUUUUUCAAAGCAAGACGUUGACCAGGAACUCAAAAAGCAGCUUUCUGAUCUCAAAACCCUUAUCUCGGAGAUUGACACCGGACAGCAAGUUCUUCAUAAACAAGUCGAAUCUCAAAACAUCAAGAUUACAAAACUAAAGGAGGGAAAGGAAAGUGUAGAGAAAUUACUGGAAGGAGCACGACCUUCACACGAGGGGAACAGACAUUUGGAGCAUGAGCUGAAGACUAAAAUCAGAGGAUUGGAGGAAAGAAACACAAAACUGCUUAAUGAAAACGGGAAACUGCAGAAAGAAAACGGAGAACUGAAAAAUGAAACCAGUAAACUGAGGAAUAAAAACCAAGAGCUGCGGGAUGAAAUAACGAAUUUGGAGUUGGCUUCUCGCAAAAAACCAGUACAAGUUUACAUGUAUGCGCCGUCAAUGAAUGAGCGGAUUUCGACUGCCGUAAGAUCCGAGCUAAAGGAAAUCUUGACGCAGCACCUAGGGGCCAUUAAGGACAGAAAACUGGACAUUAUGUCCACACAUGACGCCAAAAUGGUCCCCGUCCACAAACCCCUUAUAGUUCUUUGUAUCAACGCGUCCAGGCUUGGUACAGACGUAGAGCAAGCUCUCCAAAAUGUCACGUGUUCCAGAUCUGUGGUGGUAGCUGUGAUACACCACAAAGAGAUCCACGCCUUACCACCCCAGGCCUCCGAAAAACUUCUGUAUGGGGACAAAUUCCGGGACCUCAGAGCUAUUGUGGACAUUGCGUUUCUCACCACCAGAGGGAUGUACGCCUGCGAUAUGAAUAACAGAGCUUUGGAGAGACUCACUGACUUCAUCUGUGAUUUUGACACGUGAUUAGGAAACAAACCGACACAAAAUACAUCACUAACAUCAUUUAAAAUGCUCGGUCACACGUGGGGCGUCAGCAUCCAAUGCACCUUCGAAAUGAUUUUAUAUUCACAAGAUGAAUGAGCUAUGCAAAUUGAAAAUGCACAUUGGGAACGCUUUGAUACAAAUUCCAAUCGUAUAUUAUGCAGAAUUAAAAUUUAAAGAAAUAGUUUUUUUUCCUAAUGUGCAUUUCAAUUAGCAUCACCAUUUUUGGAAUGAGUGAACGCAAUUUGAAUUGCAAAAUUGCAAUACACAUAUAGGUGCAUAAAAAAACUGUCCUAUGGAAGACAUGAAUUGUUUACAGAAUUUGCAUCAUAAUGUCAGAGAGCAAUGAUAUUCCGCCCAGCACUGGGCACCAUUACAACAAUUAUAAGAUGUUUCUUUCUUGAUGAUAAUAAUUCUGCGCCGUUUCAAUUUUUAUAAUUCCUCAUAUGGAAUUCACGUUUGUGUCAAAAAGACCUGCUUUGUAUAGAAAGUUAAUCGGAGUAUCUUUGUCUUUUUUCUUUCAAUUUAAUGCGAACGUUGUUUGUUAAUACAAUGAUAUGUAAACAUUGAAAUGUGUUGUCUUUCUGUAUAUUACUUUUCAUCGAUUAAACAAAUUACCUUUUCCUUUCA